AAAAGCGAGGAACGCAUCAAAGUGGAAAGCGCCCCUACGUUGAGCUUUCGUCGUGGGGCGGCGCGCGCAGGAAGCUUAUCGCUCGGUGUUUUGUCGCGGUUUUCUGCUCGGAGUAAUCGUUUUUUGUGUUAGUGUGCGAUCCGCCGUUGGUCUGCGUGCACGUCACUGCAGCGCGUUCGUGUGAUACCACGCGCGUUUUGUGCUUCCCGCGGUCAAUAAUCUCCUCGAGCUUUUGUAUACGUUCCGCGUUAUCUCUGCCGAAAGUUCGGCGUGGCGCUAAGCUUUGUUUGUGACUCAUGUUCGCACGGCAAGUUCCUUAUUACAUCUAGUAGGUUUUGAACUCCAGUUUCGGUGACGCCAUCCUUAAAAACAACCCUCAGACACCCCUUUAUCACGGUCUCAGAGGGAACUGCAGAAGCGUUUAUCUCGCAUAAAACUUUUCGCGACGGUCUUUUAACUUGAACGAUUGGUAUUUUGUCGGUAUCACUCAACACUCGUUUUGAAUAUUGGAGGAAAUCGGUUUGCCGUCUCGAUACAAUCGCAUCCUCGUGAUAAGCUGAUAGCAGUUCCCUAGUGGUGUUUACCUAGUCUAGGUCUGAUUCUACUUUUGCAUCUGACGGUGUAUUUUAUUAGUUUUUUGUGUUCUUUCUAUGUCAUUUGUUUGAAUAUUAUCUCUGAAUGUAGUGUUGUGCUCCAAUCAUACAUAAAGUUUUCAAAUUUGUGGAUUUUCUCCGAAGUGAUAAGUUUGUUUACAUCUUACAUCACAUUGCUGGAACGUUGCUUGACCAUAUUGGACUUGCUCCUUUGAUGAUUAAGGCGAGGCUGGUGUUGCGGUUGAGGGCGAGUGCGGGCAUGCGGCCGCGCCUGUGCCUGCUCCGUGACGGGCAGCCGGGCUCGUAGCCGGCCGCGCCGGGCGAGAAAGCCGGGCGUGCCGGGGUCGGCGCCGCGACGCCGAUAUGCCCGGCCUCGUCGUGUUCCGGCGCCGCUGGAGCGUCGGCAGCGAUGACCUCGUCGUCCCUGGGGUCUUCCUCUUCACCCUCCACGUCACAUGGCUGGUGAUCAUGAUAGCGGUGCUGGCGGUGGUGAAGUUCGACCGGGCGUUCGUGUGCGUGGACCAGAUCUGGUGGCUGUGCGUGGCCUAUCUGGGCGUCCUGGCCGGCUCGGCCCUCCUCGACCUCUUCGUCUCCCUCGUCGCCCUCCGCGGAGGCAUCCUCGAGACCGAGGCCCGGAAGUCCAUCAACCUCCUCCUCUACUUCAGACUCGGUGUGAUGUUGGUGGAAAUCGCGUGGCUUACCGUGGGAGUGGUGUGGCUGGUUGUCAAUUACAAGACCUGUCCCAUCGAAAGCGCGAAGGAAGUCAUUCUCGGGUUGGUUGUUUGCAACUGGCUGAUCAUGCUGAUCAUCGGAGUGACGGUUUGGUGCGUGUUCGAUGCAGCGGGUCGUUCGUGGGUCAAGAUGCAGCAGUUCCAGCGCUCCAUGCGAGAGAACGAGUCAUCCCGCUUCCAGUACAAGCGCUCUGGAAGGCGAGGCGGCCGCAAUUGGAGGCAAAGGAAGGUGAUAAGAGCGUAUCAAGAUAGUUGGGACCAUAGAUGUCGACUUUUAUUCUGUUGUAUGGGAAACAAUGACAGGAAUAAGAAUUCCUUUGCGGAUAUUGCCAGACUUCUUUCAGACUUUUUUAGAGACCUAGAUGUUGUUCCAUCAGAUGUAAUCGCUGGUCUUGUGUUGCUGCGCAAAUUCCAAAAAAUUGAAAGAGAAGCUGUUGUCAAUGAACGUAAAAAUGAAACGUUUGAGUACCUUUCGGGCGUAGCCGUCACGUCAAAUACGAAGUUUGUCGCUGUUGGUGAUGAAAACCACGUACAUUUAUUUCAGACUGUGAUUCAUUAUAUGCAUUAUGCUUUAGCCGCUUACGGUUGGCCUAUGUUCCUUAUCACCCAUACUGUUCCUGACACCUGCAAGUUUUGCUUUCAACUAAAGUGUUCCUGCCUUCCGUCCUGCUGGUGGCAUCGAGCAAAACCAGACAACGAUGACGAACCGGUCAUCAUAGAAGAUAACUGCUGUCACUGCAACUAUACUGCGUUCAAAAAUAUGGUUGCCUCAGGAGAUAUUGAUGUUGUUUAUGCAACAUACCAUGUUGACAUAGGAGAAACACCAUUCUUUGUAGUCAUUGAUUACACCAAACAGAAAAUAGUCAUCUGUAUUCGGGGUACCUGGUCAAUGAAAGAUGUGAUAACAGAUUUGAAUGCUGAAAGUGAAUGUUUACCCUUAGAUCCACCCAAGGAUGAUUGGCUUGGACACAAGGGUAUGGUCAAUGCCGCAGAAUAUAUCAAGAAAAAAUUAGAGUCUGAAGACAUUUUAAACAAAGCGAAAUCACAAUGUGAGAAAAAAGCCGAGGGUAAGGAUUUCGGGUUGGUGUUAGUGGGUCAUUCACUCGGAGCAGGCACGGCAGCAAUCUUAGCCAUCCUUCUGAGGCCGAAGUAUCCAGAUCUCCACUGUUAUUCUUUUUCACCUCCAGGAGGCUUGCUUAGUUUGCCUGCUGUAGAAUACACAAAAUCAUUUAUUACCUCCGUAGUAUUAGGAAAGGAUGUGGUUCCUCGGAUAGGUCUUCAUCAAAUGGAAGCACUUAGAGCAGAUCUGAUCAAUGCUAUCAAAAGAAGCAAGGAUCCAAAGUGGAAAACGAUCGUAUGUAGCUUUGUAUGCUGCGGCUGUGCCCCCAUGCCUACCUCUGCCAUCGAACUAAGAGCAGACAGCGCAACAAUGAAGGAAUAUCAACGGGAAAAAGAUGCUGUACGCUCUUUUGCAAACCAGCCGAACGAUACAAGUAUAUCCUUGUCAUUCCAUCAACCUCUAUUCCCACCUGGAAAAAUCAUUCAUAUUGUCCGCCACCAUCCAACGAAAGAAGAGCAAAAAUAUGAAACAUGGUGGAGGCGGUGGUUGAACAAACAUGAGCCUGUGUAUCAAGCUCUGUGGGCGAACAACACAGACUUUGACGAGGUUUUAAUCUCCCCGGUCAUGAUCCAGGACCACAUGCCUGAUAAAGUCCUUGAUUCACUCAACAGAGUAAUAACCAGUAUGGGACCAGCAAAGCCUCAACGCUCUGCAACCAAUAUUAGUGCUGUGAUCAACCUUCGGGAGAAGCUCAAGACAAGUCCAAACUCUACCCCUCCUCCGACCAAACUCUGCCUAGAAACGAGUUUCGCCUCAGUCCAGGCGAAGCGGGACUCGCUCAAAGACUCACUCAAAUUUUCAAAUGGUGUUGCGUGGGAUUUCAGCUCCAAUGAGCUGCCCCCAUCCUACGAAGCAUCUGCUUCUCGCUCCAAAAGCAAAAUUGACCUCAUUCAUGACGAUUGGUAUGGCCUAGCACCUCUGGCUAAGGCUGAGUCUCUUUCAGAAGUGUCGAGUAUCGGUUCGCGUGGAGAGACCUACGUUAUGGCUCGACUUGACGAUUGCAAAUCAAGUAAUGAUAAUGUUCCAACUACUGCUGAGUUUGAAAAGUUUUUUGCAGAAAGCCUCACUGAAAAAAAAGAGCCUGCGGGUGGUGAUGAAGAUUUGAUAGAAAAUUUCACCUACGAAAGUUCGCCGCUCCUGAACAUCCUCCAUAACCCCAAAAUUGCCGAGUUCUUAAGUCGUAAAGAAGACACAUCAUCUUCAGAUUGUUUCUAUGAAAUGUCACCCAAUAGCAGUAAAAUGAACUCGCCAUUCACGAAACCAACAGCCUCUGUUCACUCCAGUGGAACAGGAAAUGAUGUUUACUUCAGCUUGGAGAGCGAGACCCGGAGUAUGGAGCCAGUCACACAUUCGUCCUCGGAGUCUCCAACGCUCCACCAUCAGGAAGAUAGCUCAGUUACCUCUACGUUCACAGACUGUCAGUUCGAAGAGUGCCCUGAAGAUCUGAAGACGCUCCCUCUGGACGAAGAAUACGCCUCAGUUUUCAAUUCUUCGUAUAAAACCUGUUCGGAGCUACCAAGUGACUACUCACUGAGGCGAAAUCUAUGCGAUAACUCUGCAACGUGCGACCUAACGUCAGACUCUGAUUGGUCCCACUCGCGGGCUCCUUCUUCCACAGGGGAUAAUGUGAUAGUGAAAACUCCUGCGGAAAAUGUGAUAACUAAAAGCGCUCGUGGCUCAGACACAUGGAACAAUAAUGAACAAACUUUAGUCAAUUUAAUCGGGGAUAAUAAGGGUAGUGGGCAAAACGGUGCUGCUGCAGGUCAUUCGGAAUACAGCUAUGCUCUGCGAUUUAAUAAGGGUGAGAGUAGUGUGUAAGAAUGAAUGACCGACUUUUCCAACCUGUUACCUCCAUUUGCAAGUGUAUUCAUGUACAAGGUGGCAAAUUUUAAAAUGCUUCUCGACUUUAAAUUUUGAAAAAGAGUCAGAAUUUAGAAGGGAAGAUGAAACGUUAUAAAAGUAAUAACGUAAGAAAGGAUCCUGAAUUUUUUUUCAUUUAUUCAACAACUAGGAGAAACCUAUCAAUUUUAAGCACAUAUUGCUAAAACAGUAUUUAAAUUACUGUAAACUGACCCUUAUGUUUUCUGCAAAAAAUCCACCUUGUGAUGAAUUUGUAUUUCUACAUUUGUAAGAAUCUCAUCAGAUCUUCCCUUUUUCGCGAUUAACUCAAGGCCCAAAUAGUAUAAUUUUUGAACAAAGGCCACCAGACUUCCAUGAUUUGAAGAGAAAGAAAGUACAAUUGAUAUGUACGAAAAAAUUAUUUGGGUGCCACUCAUCAAAAUUGGACAUCUCCAGGUGUAAGGAUUGUAGUUACAACGGGAGUUUUGGAAAACCAUGAAGUAUCACAGUGGGCUAUUUUUUAAAAUUCCCUUUGUAAAUAGAUCCCUUCUGCCUUAGGACGUUCAAGAACAUUUGUUCGAACAUGAGUUCAGCCAGAACAAGACAUUCUAACAGACAAAGUGCGUGUGACGCAGCUAAUGUUUCUUGAAAAAUUUCUGUGAUAAGUCCGUUUUUCUUUUAUUUUGUUUAUUGUAUUUAAGAAUUGCUCCUGUAAAUUUUGUUUUUUAUUCUUUCUUGUGGUAAAUUUAAGUAAGUAGCAUUUAUUCCCUCUUCAACGGCCUCCUUGGACGGUGAUGUUCGUGUGAUGCAUUAAGCUAUCAGGAAUCAAAUUACCAAGGUGAACUCCUCAACCUAUAAUAAGAAAAAAUCCAAGCCAUGAGAUUUUUUUUUAUUAUUAUUAUCUUUCCUUACGCUGACUCUGAAAUAGUUGUAAGAUGAAGAAUGGCUGUAUGUUUUAAAAGGAGGAGAACACUGCAUAUAGGAUUCUUUUUUGGAUUUGGCUAUUCUUGAACUGUAGUAAUUUUUUCUCCCUCAGAUAUGAUUUUUGCCUCCUGUGCAAAGAAAAUUACAGACUUUAAUAACUUUUCUGUAUCUCUCAUUUUUUUAAAGUUAUGUAAAUACUAUAAGCAUUUAAUGGAAUCUAGCGAUUCUAAUGUCAAAAUGUUAAAAAUAAGUUCUCCUCACAUCAAGUGCAUACUUUAAUGGUAUUGAGAAGUUGAGAAAGCUAAUUUUUUAUGCACAGUUUAUGCAAACCAUGUAAAUUCAUGAUUUUAAGUUUAAGGGACAAUACAUUGUAAGAUUUUUUUUAUCCGCCCUUCUUUCUGCUGAAUUUUUACCAGGAACAACCGAAAAAAUAGUCACCCCAUUUAGCCCUAGAGUAUGUAAACAGUCAGAAAGUAUCAAUUACUCUCACAUGUAUAUUCACUUGUUAAAUUUUCCCUUGUAGAUAAGUAUGUUUAGUUACCAAUUUGUACAGCAAGUGUUUGGAUAAGGUGGUACAUAAUUUUGCCUCUGAAAACACCAGCUCUACUGUCCGAAGCAAAAACACUGUAACUCUUUCCCAGGUGUUGCAUUAAUUUAAUACACAUGCUCUGCUCUCCUACACAAAAACCUAAUCACCAUUAUGAUUAUUUUUCCUUAUUUGAAUUUCUGAUGGUAUAUCAUAAUCACUCUGCAAGUAUGAAGAAUGAAUGUUCGCUGGCUCUUUCGUAAUAGAACGUUUUGUCGGCAAAUAAUUACAUACAUGAGUCGCUUUUAUAGCGCUCUCUGGCACUCUGCGACGCCUAAUCGCCACAAAACUCGGUCUUCCCACAAUCCAUCAGGGAGUUGACACUCCCUUAUCUUAUUUAAAACCUCCUGUCGCCACCCUCUCACUGGGCGUUCCCUUCGUCUCCUUCCAGGAGGUAUUCAAUCAAGCAUCUUCUUCGGCAGCCUCUUUUCUGUCAUCCUACUAACAUGACUGUACCAGAUAAGCUGUUCAGUCAUGACGUCAUACAUGAUGUCAUUUUUGACUUCCAUGAUAUGACGCACUCUCUCAUUACAGACCUGAUCUCUCCUAGAAAUUCCUGCCGACCUCCUCCAGAAAUCCAUCUCCGUUACUCUUAACAUAUCCUGUGUACGUUUCUUCAGCUGCCAAACUUCACAUCCGUAUGUUAAUGUAUUUUAAACCACAGCAUUGUAUAUCCUCCUCUUGUUAUCUUGAGAAAGCUGCUGAUCCCAGAGGAUUCCAUUUAACAUCGCUAUAGCCUUCCUUGCUAAGGUGUUUCUUUCCUUGUUAGCUUGAUCCGUCCUUCCAUCCUAGGUCAACCGCACUCCCAAGUAUUUAUAAUCCGCGCAGCUGAUCUGCUGGCCAUCCUCCAACUCAAUGCUUUGCUGAUCACCUCCAAAAGGAGGCAAAUAUUUGAAUGAUGCAAAACGGAGUUACAGCGUUUUUGCCUAGGAAGUCAGUAGCUCAUAGCAGUCUUUUUGACCUUCCAUAAACUUUCUUCCUAUUCCUUCUUCCGCAGUUAAAAGAAUAAUACAACUUUGAGGCUCUAGCCUUUGUAUCCAAAUCUGCUCAAAUCCGGCCAGAGUAUAUCUUUUGACAGCAGUAGGAACCUCUGAUUAGGGUCCCUUCGUCUUAAGCAUUCGGCUUCAAGACCUCCAACUUUCCCCUGAAAAAUACAUGUUUUCAAAGAGAUUGAUUCUAGUCCUGUUAUGAAAAUUUAUUGUGAGGCUGUGUUUGUGUUCUUCGGACUUUUUUUUACAGUACUUAGCUUUACUUAGAAUUCAAAAGGUUGUCUUUGGUUUUUCGUCUUUUUCUGCGUGAGACUCAAUCCUGAGCGAAGAUGACAAAAAUUUAACUUACAAAACGUUCCUUUAGUCGGAAAUUGUCUCUCUAUUGUGCAGUGCUGAAUGUAUUAAUUCUAAAUACACUGCAGACUGCAAUAAAAAUGGCUUUUGUCAGAAAAGAAAAGACUCACCCUGAUAUUGAACUCAAUUCUAUUCCGUUACCAUGUUAUUACGUGAAAUUUUUAAAGACAAACUUCUUCCCUCGUGUAUAUUGACCAGCAACUUCAAAUUUAAAUUCUUAGUCGCACUUUCUUCAUUUCAAACGAUGUGGAGUUCAUGUCUUGGGAAAUUUUGUUCAAAAUUCAUACUCCAUUUGGCAGCGUAAGUGCUGCUUAUAUUUUCCAAUAGGGAUUUUUAUUUACAGAAUUUUUAUCAUAUUUUUUAAACAAAAUAUCUCAUGACCCUAUCUGUAACCAACUGAAAUGUUGUUUCGAGUUCUUAUUCAUACUACUGUACCAAGGAAGAUCGCCGUGAGAGCCUUGGAACGUUGCCGACUUUUCUUUGAUUAAACAUAAAUUCUCUGGGAAACCUGUGAAUGUUUUUCCUUCAAUUUUUUAGAGAAUUUCACUCGAAAUCAGGUCUAAAUUAUCUGAAAACUUCAAGUGAAAAAAUUAGUAACUCUCCUCAAAAGUAAUCAUUUAAUUCAAGGAAAUUUGGCAACUCUCGAAUGUUCAAGGAGCGUUUUUCCGCAGCACAGCAAGAUGAUAAGAACCAAUAACAUUUAUAACUUGCCAGUUGUUAAUUUACAAGCAAAA